GCCUUUCUCAUUGAGGUGCCGCAGUUUUGAGUAGCACAUCGCCAUAUCCUACCGCUUUGCUCCCUCACCCACCUUCCACUCCGAAAUCCGCAAGUCUUGCACGUGUCUUUAGACUGCUUAAUAUCGAGUCCGCAAGCAACUGCUAGGCUGCACUCUGCUCAACGCCAGAUCUCCACGCGUCCUCGCCGAUCCCUCCCUGUUGUCCAUUGGUGUACCCUCAUCAUGCCGGCGCGCAAGCGGGCAUACGAUGAGGUCGAGUCGGAGGACUCUAUCCCCGAGGUAUCGGCAGAGUUGUCAACCUUGAAGCGAAUACGUGGUAUGUGGGAGUUUGCUGCCUUGAUGCAGUACCUGUUCUUCUUCGGCAAAGCCGUCAAGGUUGAAGAUAUGGACGUCGAGGAUUUUGAGGACGAAUGUCUCAAGCCAGGACCCAGUGAAAAGCUGAACCAAAUCGCGCUUGCAUUGCUAAAAAAUGUCUCGUCACAUAAGGGUUUAACACUAGAUCUACUCGACGAGUACGCGCGGCGACAAUACGUAGCCAAGGCACCGAAGCGGAACCCCUUUGGCGAAGACGACGAGCCCAGGAAAUUUGCAGACUUCGAUAUCUUUACCAAAAUCCGCGUAUUACAACAGUUGGCUACGUGGACGUUGAAUAAUCCAAAUCCAAUCCGCGAAAAGCUCGGUGAGCGGGAGAGCGAAGAAGUGUCUUGGCGUAUCGAACCUUUCGGAUGGGACAAAGAAGACCGCGUUUAUUUUGUGCUGGAUGAUAAUCGCCUAUAUCGACGGACAGAUGCGCCUCCUCCGCCAGAAAUCGUUUCAAAACCACCCACAAAAUCCAAGGCCAAGGCGAAGAAGCCUUAUGGACGUAACACGCGUUCUGCUAAGCGACCCCGCAUAGGUCGUCGCAUUAUUGAAACAAGCCCCGAAGAAACUGAAGAUGAACCUGAAGCAGCAAAUGGAGUCGAAAAAGAAGAAUCGAAGCAAGACGACUUCUUCAUGCAACGCUGGGAAUUAAUUGCCGUAACCAUCGACGAAUACAACGAGUUUCUUGACACAAUUCGCAAAAGCCGUGACCCCAAUGAGAAAAGCCUUGUCAAGCGGAUACAAGACCAUGUUAUGCCAAUUCUAGUAGAGGCGGAGCAAGAGCGCAAGCGCAAGGAGAUGCGUCGCAUGAAAGAGCUAGAGAUGAUGCAGAAGUUAGCAGCGUCCAAGAGGUCGAGUCGCCUUGCCGAUAAGCAAGACAGGCUGAGGCAAGAGCGUGAGGCCGCAGAAGCAGAGGAACGACGCCGACGCGAAUUGGAAAUGGCACAUAGAGAACAAAAGCGCCUGCAGCAGAUGGAGGCGGCGCGUGAGUCCCGACGCGAAACACGCGAGCAACGUAUGCGCGAACGUGAGAUCAAGCGCAUUCUCGAACAGGAACGAUUGGAGAAGGAACAAGAGCUUCUACAGAGGAUAAAGACCGAGGGUGCUGUCAUUGAUGCGCAACGUGGGCGCAUUUCAGAGCGCCAGUUAAAAGCCGAUAUGCAAAAGCGUAAGAAAGAGCUCGAAAACCUACAACAGGAUGAUUCUUGGUAUUUUGACUGCGUAUGCGGGAUUCACGGCCAGAAUCUGGAUGAUGGCUCGCACAGCAUUGCCUGUGAGAGGUGCAGUACAUGGCAACAUAGCAAGUGUAACAAUAUCUCUGAAGCCCAAGCUGAGAGGGAGGACUUCCAUUUUGUAUGUCAGGAUUGCAAGAAGAAGGAGGAGAAUCCUGUCAAGAUCAAGUUAAAGAUGGCCUCGGAGUCACCGGCUAAGCCUUCGAAACCAAAAGCCACUUCGGAGUCGAACUCGAUUCCGGCGAAAAACAAAGCCAACGGUGCGGCGCCGCUUGUAUAUCCUGGACCACCGCCUGUAGCACCGUCUAUCAACGGGACACGACCUCAAAACAACAGCAAUGGCCCGACUACUUUUCAAUGGCAUGCUUACACGCCUCCUCAACCAAUGAACUACACGCCGCCACGUUCUACAAACCAACAAAGCCACGGUCCAAACACGCAGAAAUCUCCCGGCCGAACUCCUACUGGGCCAGCAAGCUUCAGCCAUCAGACAGUAGCCUCUUUUUCACAGUCGUAUUCGCCUCCUCGACAAACUAGCACAUAUACCCCUCCGAGAGCUGUGAACCAAGUAUCAAGUACUUCGCCCCGGCCAAGUUCCCAGCAGUUACCGUCAAUACAUCAAAUCUCAUCACCAUCGACCGCGUCGUUCGAGCACCAAUCUUUAUCUCCUCAACGGGCAACCCAGGCCUUGAACUCAAAGAUACUGCCUCCACUCCAACACAGUGAUCAGAUGGGUUCGCCAUCAAAGCGGGCAGUAUCUACAGGAUUUGGUCCAAUCAUACCACCGCCACAACUAAAGUCUCCUGUGACAAACGGUACCCAUCACGUGCCGACACCUUCAGCACCCUAUGCGAUCCAGAAUACUACUCCGGCCACGCAGCCUGCGUUGUAUACGGCUUCCUCACCUUCAGAUCAUGGACAGACGCCUUUCAACGCUGCACCUGGCUAUUCACCCACAAAACAACCUUCACCGAAAUUGGCGUCGAGUCCGACACAGUUUUCGUCUGUCGCUUCUCCCGCGAUUGUCUCACCACAGACAGCGCCAGCUGCGCAUUUCUCGCCUCCAAAAUCUCUAGCUAAUUCGAACGUCAGUCCAACUAAGCACGCCUCAUCACCGGUGCACGCGCCUCCUGCUUCCUUGGGCCAGGUGCCAAACAUGAUUGCGUCAAGUAGUAGCGCUACGUCGGCGCAAAUACCGACACCUGUGCUUCAACCAUCAAAUCAAGAGCCAGGGCUUGAGCAGCGCGUUCUACCUCCUGCACAGCCAGUGCCACAGAAGGCCUCACCGCCAACACAGUUGCCACCGAUACAGGCUCCUAGUGGACGUGGAACUUAGAUAAUAAACCCUGAUUAGACGGAUUAAUGUACCAGGUAUUGUACGAUUAUAUGUUUAGAAUUGUCAGAUGACCAGACAUCGUCUGCG